UCUUGCAUGUAAUCUAUCAUCCUUGAUAAUUAUACACAGAAUAAUAGAAAACAGAUGACAAGAAUAAGGAGAACUGCCAAAGUGAAUUACGAAUGCGGCGUGGAAACAUAGCAUUAGACAUUCUCUGGUCGAGGCCUAGUUAACUUGUUUCUUUUAUACUUUUGUUUAUGGAGCAAUUUAAAUAAGCAAAACUUUACCAAACUGUUUUCAGAUAUAUGAAAUAUAUAUGGAUAUAGAAAAUGUCUUCUCGAAAUAAAUAUACUUCAGAUAAAUUGAAUGUUAUAGACAAAAAAACAUUUGAGUGUAUUCAACGCCAUCAGAACACAGUAAACAAUGGGCAGUUCCGUAAAAUCCGCAAUGCAAAAUAUCGAAAAAAGAGCGCUAUAUCAGGAAGAGAUGGUUCUACUUUUAAUUUGAUGCAGUUUCUUACAAAAACCACCAAACAAAAACAAAAUAAACUUAGAAGUCGUACUCUCUGUAAAACAGGGUGCCGUACAGAUAAGACUUGGAGAAAACGGGGUAAGACGAGGGAGGGUGGCAAACGGAAAAAGUGCUCCAGAUUAAAGAAAGCUAUCUUACGGUACAGAGAUCAAAAAACACCUAUGGGAUCAAAUACGGUAGACAGCUCUGAAUUAUUAAAAGAAACUUUGGAGAAAAUCUCAACUUUGACCAUUGAUUCUAAAGACUGUAAAAAGAAUGAGGAGCGUGUCAAGUCUAACCAACAGGACUCGAAAAAUUUGCAUUCUAGACGAUUUCGAAGUUAUUGCGACAACUGCACCACCCCUCUCUUAGCUGAACUUUCGGAGAAAUUGCUUCGCGAACUAGAUCGCUUCCAUAAGCGCGCCAUAUCUCAAAAUGCAAUAAAAGCCCAUGCCCACCGACGUUUCGUUGUUGGAUUUCGUGAAGCUCAGUGCUUUCUACUUGUAAAAAAAGUUAAGCUGGUUAUCAUUGCACCAGACUGCGAAAUCUGUGACAGCGCAGAUGGAUUAGAUGCCAAAAUCUCUAAUAUUAAAAACCAGUGUCAACAGCAAAAUAUUCCUUAUCUCUUUGCAUUGCGUCGACGGCAAUUAGCAUACGCCUUAUUUAAAAAGGCUCCAGUCAGUUGUGUUGCUGUACUUGAUUACGAUGGAGCACGUGAAAUAUAUUCCAGUUUAUUGGAGGCCCUGCAGAAGGCAAGACAAGCUUAUGAAGAGCUUACUUCGACGCAUCCAAUCGAUCCAUAGGCCACCAAUCAAAAAUGAUUUCUUAGCACAACUAUUACUAAAUAUGGAGCAAUAGCUUAAAUACAUUUAUUUACUAAAUGUAGAAAGAUCACAACCUUCUAUAUUCAGUUUAGAAAUUUUAAAACAAUUCAAAAAGCCUUAUUUGCAAGUGUGUUUCGUCAACAAAGAAAAAAACCAAAUAUACUUUUUUAAUACUACCAAAAAAAUUAUGCAAUUUAUUUUUGCUUCAUUUUAAUGUAUGGAUUUCUAAUAAAUGAAAUUAUGGUUCUUGUUAAAUACUCCCAUUUCCUGGUAAAAAUCAAAGUUUCUCUAACAUAUCUUAAUAUUAAAUUAGCAAAAAAUCUCAUAGAUUAAUAAUUUUGCAUCAGAAACUUAAUCCGGAACAGAUGCUAUUAGAUAUGAGGGUAUAUUAAAAAAAAAAGAAAUAUAACAAAAUAUUAACAGGUUUAGUUUUUCCGAAAUCGUCGAUAAGCAAUUUAGUUUCUUUUACGACGUUCCUCACGCUUACGUUCCUCCUGCAAAAAUUUAAAAAUAGUUGUAUACAGAUGAUAAUAAAAUAUUAUAAAGUAUUGUAAUUCAUAAAAA